CGUGAGUACAGAGUCAAACUUGCAACUCUGUGACCAGCAACUCACGCAAUCCAAUCACUAGAAAACAUCCGCUUAUAGUUGCAGGCUAUCCAAAACGCAAUCGGAACGUAUUGGAAACCAGAAUCCAACAGCUACGCUCCCGAAACGUUCUGUGAGCCUCCACAGGCUUACAUCAACAUCGCGAUGGAUGUGGAUAUGGAUAUGGAUCUUGACCUGACGGUUGAUGCGCCGGAGGAAAACUAUAAUGAAGAGCUUCCAGAGGCUCCUGCCCACGAAGCUGAAUCAACGGAGAAGACCUCCAACGCGAAGAUUAACCCCUUCGAUGGCAGUGUUGUAGGCGCAGGCGAUAUCGCAUUUGAGAAGGUCCAUAUUCGUGGGUUGGACAGACUCGAUAACCAGCAGAUCAAGAAUUAUGUUAACACGUAUUUCGACUCUCCACACUUUCAGCGCAUAGAAUGGAUCGAUGAUACUUCUGCCAAUCUCGUAUACGACUCCGCGAGCGCGGCUUCUGAGGCGCUGGUUGCCUUCACAAACACCGAUUUGGUUGAUAUUACGCAGUUGGACACGCUAGACCUAAGGCCAGCGCGAACUCUUCAGCUUACGUCGCCCGAGGGUGAAGUCGAGAACCAUGAAUUGCAGAUCAGACAGGCGACCACAAGUGAUGUUAAGAAGAAGGGUGCACAUGAGGCUUCUAAAUUCUACCUGAUGAAUCCGGACAAAGAUCCCCGCGAACAGCGGUUUCGUGAACGCAGGGACAGGAUCAGGGGCAAUGUCGAGAACGGCGACUACAGGCGCAUGCGCUUCGAUGAGCAAGAACGAAAGAGACGGCAUGACGAGGACACGUUUGACGAGAACAUGUACGAUGAGCCGGGUGCCGGCACGCAAUCUGCAGAUGACGAUGAUCGCAGAAAACGAGUGAGGUUUGGGAGGCGGAAUGAUCGCGAUCUGUUCACCACGCGUGAAAAGGGUAGGUUGCGUGAUCGCAGCGCGUCACCGAUACGUUUUUCAGACGGAGAUGGUCGCUACGGCUUUGGUAGUGACGCGGAUGCGGUACGACGUCGUCCGCCGAUCCGACAACGCAGCCUUACGCCCCCAAGACUGGCCAACAAGAAUGCUGGCAAGGAGCUUUUCGCAACGAAAUCCACUGGCCUUGGUCCUGCUGCAACAGUUGAGCUCUUCCCCAACAAGACCUCUGUAUCAGGAACGUUGUCUGCCGGUGGAGGGGGGACACACUCCCACUCGAGCAGCAUAGAGCUCUUCCCCGACAAAAUCCGCAAAUCCCAUCAUCGCCGCUCCGGGGCAAUCGACGCUAGUCCCGACCGCUUUCUCACGAACGCAGAUAACCGCUCCGAGGGGGCCCGCAGCCUCGCCGAGCGCAUUAGUGGCGGUCCCUCUCUUGCAGAUCGUAUCUCUGGUCGACUAUCUACUGCUUCAGGAGGUGGCAGCCUCGCAGAUCGCAUCACUCCACGAGGCGGGGAAAGUCUCGCGGACCGAAUCACUCGUGACGAUGGUGCAGAGAUUAGUAUCAGAGGGAGCAGCGGCGUAAGCAUCAAAGGCAGAGCCGAAGCUGAAAGCAGCUUUACAAUCAAAGGUGCGAGCAGCGGCAAUGCCGGAGGUGUUAAAGAGCUUUUCCCCGUGAAAUCCGGGCAGGGUAAUGCUGGCAAGGAGCUCUUUGGGGAGAAGUUGAAGGGCAGGGGUUUAGCACGGCGAACUGCGGCAAGCUACUUCUGAGAAUUCACUCAAGAGGAACUCCACAGUUCCAUUGACGAUGAAAGGCUGAAUAGUGAUUUGGAGGAUCAAUGAGGAGAGACGGCCGGAUUGUGGCCCAGUUGGUUACGAAGAAAUUCAGGACGCAGGUUGCCUCCCUGCUCUCUGCGCUUAAGUCAAAAUUGGUGCCCUAAUUCCACUUCUACGCGUGUCCUCCUACAAGUGUACUACGUUAUUCAAGAGCGCAUGUCGGUGGAUAUCGUCCAUGAAUGUCGAACAUUCCCGCAACGGGGAGUUAUAUCCAGAAAUCAUGGUAGAAGUCAUGAGGAACCGACUUGGAUGGUGGUCAAGGCCGUCAUAUUCGAAGUAGGUGAAGUGUGCCAAAGGAUCGGUCAUCAUUGUGAGUCGAAAGUUGUUGGGC